AUCGGGGACUGCUUAACAUGGAACCGAGGCAUUCCCGGUCAAUGCAACCUCCCCCACAGAGCUCGGCACUCGGAUGACCCACUUUAUUUAACAACACCAAGACCAUCGUCGUCACUUACACCAGGGACACGACCGGCCCGGCAGGUAUUUUACCAUUUACAUAUAAUUUUAGAUCUCUUCCAUCUCAACCUGACACUACCACUACCCCACCUUGUUCCCUCAUCCCAUCCCAUCCACAUCCUCCUCCAGUGAUCCAAAAUGAAAAUCGACGGUCGCAGCUUUGUCAUCUCAGGCGGCGCCUCUGGCCUAGGCCUCGCCACAGCCCGCACCCUCAUCUCCUCCGGCGCCUCCGUUGCCAUCCUGGAUCUCAACGAAGAAACCGGCGCCAAAGCCGUAGCCUCCCUCGGCGGCGCCCCAUCAGCCAAAUUCUUCCCCUGCGAUGUCUCUUUCACCGACUCAGUCUCCUCUGCCGUCUCUGCCGUGACCUCAUGGAUCAAGGAAAUUGGCAAGCCCCUCGCGGGUAUCAUCCCAGCGGCUGGUGUCGGCGCCCCAGGUCUGAUCCUCGACAAGCGCCUCAACCCCGUCUCCCUGGAUAGCAUCGACUUUGUCCUCAACAUUAACCUCCGGGGUACUCUUGAUGUUACUCGUCAGUUUCUGCCUCUCCUGGCCAAAUCUGAGCCCUAUGGCCCGGACAAGGAAAGGGGUGUGGUUGUCAUGGUGGCCAGCUCCGCCGCCUUUGAGGGACAGAUGGGUCAGGUGGCCUACGCGGCGAGCAAAGGCGCUGUUGCCUCCAUGACUCUGCCCAUGGCUCGGGAUCUCGCAAGAUUUGGCAUCAGAGUUGUGACCAUUGCGCCUAGCAUGUUCGACUCGGCCAUGACGGCCAUGAUGUCGGACAAGGUGAGAGAGGGCCUUCAAAAGGCCAUGGAAUUCCCGGCGAGGGCGGGUCAGCCAGAGGAGUUCGCUUCCUUGGUGAAGCAAACAAUCGAGAACGUCAUGCUGAAUGGAGUUGUUAUCCGGUUGGAUGGCGCAACCCGCAUGCCAAGUAAGCUGUAAGAAGCAGCUUCUCAUAUUUCCCUGUGUUACAAUUGUUACAUUUGUGGUUAGAGAAACUACUAUACAUCUCGGGCGGCCUUUUAUUUCACAUGCCAGCUCCCCACAUCAACCGUGACAGCCGUGUAAGCAACCAGUGUCAGUACUUUGUAUGAAUCUCCUGAAUUCUUC